AAGGGUGGCUAUGUAUGGGGUUCAUAGGCCUGCUGCUUAAUGAGGAGAACAACUAAGUGCCAGAGUUCGGGCAUUCGGAGAGUUCCGAAAGAACUAUCUAAGAAAUUGAACGGCAGACGCUGCACGAGGACCAUCAUUAAGGUUUCUUAAUACAUAUAAUAUACGAUGUUCGUGAUUUUAGAUCAAGGACCCGCGGUCGCGGUGCUGGUUUUGGCAACGAUCUGUCUGGGAACGUUUCCAGUGGCUUUCAAUUGGGCGGAUUUGCAUGGGCGGAAGCCAGCACAUACGUUUCUGGACUUUUCAGCAGCAUUCGUGCUGGCAGCUCUGCCAUGCGCCAUCUCCCUCAGCACCAGUGGGCCGAGGAUACCAAUAAUGCCCGGACUGUGGGAGCAGAUGACACAGCAGAACGACUUUGUGGUGUUCUGCGCAUGCGCGGCCGGCUUCUUCCUGAUGCUGGGCAGCAUGUCGCUGCAGUUUGGCAUGGCCCUGACUGGGAUGGCCAUCUGCCUCCCCUUCCAGAUCGCUGUCAGCCUCUCAGUGGGGGUCGGCAUUGACUGGUUCAUGGACCAGCGGCUGGGGAAGGCUGCCUGGGUGUUCCCAGGGCUCACCUGCUUCUCCAUCGCGACCAUGUUUGGCACGCUCGCACACGUGGAGCGCCUGAAAGGCCUCAAGCACAGGAAGGACAAGCAUGCAGUGAGCAAGCUGGUGGGCUUGGAGGAUGUGAUGGGGCAGCCGCUGGCGGAAGGCAUGAUGAAGAGUGUGGAGCUGAGCCCCACCAGCAGCACCGGGGAUCCGGGGGUCGGCCCCCCUACAAAGAGGCGGACCCUGCACGAGCGGGCUGCCUCGGACCCUGACGUCAUCCUUGACCUGGAAUCCCCUGCCAAAGCCUCCAGGCGCACCUCCAGCCUGCGACCUCUUGGCGCCCAGGUGAUGCAAGACACCAAUGCGUUUGCACAGGAGGAGCCCAGCACCCCCAAGCACACACCCAUGCGCGUGCAGUACAUGCAGCGGGGCAUCAAUAUCGACGGCAGCAAGCCGCUGACAGGGCUGAUCGUCCUCACCAUCGGCGGCUUCUGCUUCGGCAUGCUCACGCCGCUCUUCUUCAUAGCCACCAGCGCCCUGCCCACCACCGACCACUGGCGCAUUCUGCCGGAAGGGGUCCCCCCGCUGACGGUGUACAACGCCUAUUUCUUCAUGGCACUCACCUUCGGCUUCACGGCCUGGGGCCUGAAUCUGGCGCUGCUGUACGUGCCGCUGUGCAACGGAAAGGAGUCCUGUCUGACAGAGUAUGCGCGAGACCACCGCGGCCGCAUCGUCUCCGUCGCUGCCGGCCUCGCCUGCGGCGUGGGCAUGGCCUGCCAGUUCCUGGGCGGCCUCGCCGGAGGGUACCGGGUGGCCGAGGUGGUGAAGAUGUACCCGCUGCUGACAGUGGCGUGGGGACUGCUGCUCUUCACAGAGUUCAGGGGCAGUGGCAAGCGCGCAGCGUACCUGCUUGGAGCAAUGUGCGCCACCUACGUGUUGGGAGUCGGCCUGCUCGCGGCUGCAAGAAACAAUCCUGUCGUGGAUUGA